AUGGAGCAGAAAAAAAAUGGUUCUAAAAUUUAAGGGCUUAUAUAUGAUAAAAUUUAGGAAGAAUAUUUAAGGCUAGUUCGAUUAAAAGAAAAAUUACCAAUAGAUGUAAAGGACCUGCAUUUUCUAUUAAUUAAUUUAAGUUCUAGUAUUUUUGAAUAUAAAUAAAGUAUUAAUUGAAUUGGUAGAGAGAAAGGAUGUAAUGUUUCCUCCAAUCACUUUAGAUACAAUUUAUGUAAGUGAAAUAGCUAAAAUCGCUAUUCCAUUCAUAAAAUCUUAUGUGGAUGAUGAAAUAUAGUAAGGUUAAAGAGAAGAACAUGCUCUUAAAUAGAUGAUAACAAUAUGUAUUUGAAAUAAUGUUUUUUAGUAAAAUAGUUGAAUUACGAUAGAGUAAUUGUUUAAUUAGAAAAUACAAACCUGCAAAAAAUAUAAGACUAGUUGUUAGAAGAAAUUGGAUAUAAGGAAAAUGAGGGAAGUUAACAUGCAAUAACUUUCUAGGAAAAUUUAGGAGUCACCUGGAUACAUUAGGUUCAUAGAUAAGGUGAGGAAUGUAAAGUUGAUCUUAUAAAAACUCCUCCCUUUAUUUACAAUGUAAAGGAAGAUUAAAUAGCUAUGAAAAUAUACAAACAAGAAAAAAAAUAUAAAUUAAGAGAAGUGGAAAUAAUAGAAUAAUUUAAUAAUCCUCAUUAGCCCUAUUUGUAUUCUUAUAUUAGAUACAGCAAUUUAUUGAUUUUAUUUUUAAAGUAGCAUAAAUUUAGUUUUUAUCAUCUAACAUCUAAUUGCAUUGGACCUAGAAAACUGUAAAAAAAUAAAAAUCAAAAUCCAAAUCAAAAUCAAAAUCAAAAUCAAAAUCAAAAUCAAAAUCAAAAUCAAAAUCAAAAUCAAAAAACGUAUUAAGGCUAUCUCAAGAUAUGUUAUUCAAUGAUUAUCGCAUUGGAAGCCUUGCAUAAAUAAGGAAUUGUUCAUAGAGAUUUAAAACCUUAAAACAAUAUGUUUGAUUGUUAGAAUAAUUUGGAUAAUAUAAAUGACCUUCUUAGAGAAGAUAUCACCUGUGUUAUUAUUGAUUAUGAUAGAUCAAAGAAGGUAGAUUCUGAAGGUAAUUUAACUUAAUAUGAGUGCAAUGAAUAAUAUUCCCCUCCUGAAGGUAUUCAGGAGAAAUACGAUUUUUCUUAUGAUAUAUGGCAAUUGGGUUUUAUUUGGUUACUUUUAUUAAAUGACAAAGUUUUACAAAAUACAGAUCUAUCAUAAAUAGAGGAUAUUUAGAAAAUACGAAAUUCAAAGAUUGAGUAUUAAAAAUCUUAAUAAUCUGAAAAUUAGGAAGAUAAGAGAAAAAAAUAUGAUACAUUUUUCAAUGAAGCUAUCAAUAUAAAAGCUUAUGUCUAAAUUGAUAAAGUACUUCAUCAAAUGAUUAAAAAAAUGAUGCAAUUUAAUCCAGAAGACAGACCUAAACUUGAAGAUAUUAAAUUAUUAAUCUAAGACCUCAUCAGCUAAAAUAAAAUAAAUUGA